AUGGAUGAUUCAAAGUUUCUACAGGUAGAUUUCGAAUGGGCGGUGAAAUUAAAUCGGAUUGCUUUAGAUUUUAUUGGACUUUGGCCUAAAACCGCAAAAAACACUCGACAGAAAUUAAUGUGCAAUAUUCGAGUGCUUAUUGUUUUUCUGUCCGUAACGUGUGGCGUACUGAUUCCUUCUAUACAUUCAUUCAUAAGAAUUUAUGGAGACAUAAUGCUAAUGCUAGACAAUUUACAAUUUACCUUGCCGGCAAUAAGCUGUUCGAUAAGAAUCGUAAUUUUUUGGUGGAAGAAGGAAGCUAUCGUACCAAUCAUGAAUAUGAUCGCGGAAGAUUGGAUAAAAUCGAAGAGUGUGCAAGACAGAAAUGUUAUGAUUAGAAGAGCGUACACUGCACGUAUUAUUAUUACUUGCGCCUAUUGCAUAAUGGGACUAGCAUGUUUUUUUAUUAUUAUUCUCCCAAGCUUUGGAAUAUCAAUGAGACUAACUCCCAAUAUCACUGAUCCAGGCAAGCCAAUGCCUCUACAAACGUAUUAUAUUUACGACACAACUAAAAGACCGCAAUACGAAAUAACGUUUAUUAGUCAAGCUGUUUACAUUCUUCUUGCCAUUAUGUCUUAUACUGGAAUCGAUAAUUUCCUUGGAUUAUUAAUUUUUCAUAUAUGCGGUCAAUUAGACAUUUUGAAAAAUCGUUUGACACGUUUGGAUAAAUAUAUCAAUUCUCGCAAUAUGCUGAAAAGUUGCAUGAUAAAGCACAUUCGUUUACUUAGGUUUGAUAUUUUAUGA